AUGGGCAUACUCGCGAGCCUGGCCUUGGCAACGGCCUUGGCAUCCCAAUGGGUGUAUGCCCACGGCGGCCUUGCAAACUACACCGUGGGGGAGACGUGGUAUCGCGGCUACGACCCCGACCAGCCCGCCGAGGACCAGGACGGCAAGCCCUGGAUGAUCCAGCGCAAGUGGGCGUCCAUCGACCCCAUCUUCUCCGCCACCUCGCCCUUCCUCGCCUGCAACGACCCGGGCACCCCGCCGCCGUCCUACAUCCCCGUCGCCGCGGGCGACAACAUCACCGCCGUCUACUGGUACUGGCUGCACCCCGUGGGGCCCAUGACGGCGUGGCUCGCGGCCUGCCCCGCCGAGGCCGAGGGCGGCUGCGCGGCCGCCGACGUCAACGAGGUCGGCUGGUUCAAGGUCUGGGAGGCCGGGCUGCAGGAGGGCACCGUGACCGAGGGCAUGUGGUGGCAGAAGUCGUUCCAGAACUGGGACGGGUCGCCGGACCUGUGGCCCGUGACGAUCCCCGCGGCGCUGCGGCCGGGCCUGUACAUGAUCCGGCACGAGAUCCUCAGCAUCCAUAUCGAGGACAAGCCGCAGUUCUAUCCCGAGUGCGCGCACCUCAAUAUCACGGGCGCGGGGACGGCAGUGCCGCCCGCGUCGUACUUGAAGAAGUUUCCCGGGGCGUACGAUCCUGAGGAUCCCUCGAUUAAGAUCAACAUUUAUACGGAUGCAAUGAGAAACACAUAUAACUAUACGAUACCGGGAGGACCGAUCUGGGAUGGGAAAUUGUAG